GGCUGGGCCGUACCACGCGGCGCGGGGGGGGCGCGGCCUGUGCUCCAGCACCGUCCGGCGGCGCGCGGGCUCCCGGCUCCCUGCAGCAGCGGCCGGGCCCCAGCGGCUCCAGCCCGGCCCCGGCCCCGGCCCCGCCGCCUCCUUCCCUCCCUCCCGCCCGCCCGCCGCGCCCCUUCCCGCCCCCCUCCCGGCCCCGCUGCGUGGGAGGCGCCGGCCCCGCUCGGCAGAACGCCGACCGCUCAAUGCCCGCGGUGUUCUGUUGGAAUAUACGGCGCACAUUUAUGGCGAUUCUGAGCGUGAGGGCAGACUUCUGCCAGGCCCAGCACAGCAUCCUGGCUGACAAGUGAGCCGAGAGCAGGGGGUUCCACGUGCCAUAAGUACUUUGCCUUGAGGAUUCCAGACACAGCGAACACAAAUAUAUGGGAUAUCUUCUGCCCAUUGGAAGCAUAUUCCUUUUACUGACUCUAGCAAAACUAAGCGUCAAGAAAACAAAGUGGAGAGAAAACCUGCCCUUACUUUUUAGCCUCACCAGUGCCUAAAUGUAGAACAGGCUGCCUAGUCUUGCGAGUAGUCAGAAUUCGUGGAGUCUGAAGGAUACCACCUGCAGCAACUGAGGCCGAAGUCGAAUUCGAGUGGAUUCUGAAGCAAACCUGCUUUUCUAGAAGCGAAGUCUCUAAGGAACAAACACGUCGAAGCAAGCUCUGAUCAAUCCCAGCCAUUUUAGUGGUCUUUUUAAUGUUUUCUGCUGUGAAACGUUUCCAAGGUUAUUGAUUUUUUUUUUGCCCCUCACGUUUUGUUUGCCAUUAUGAACCGUCCAGCCCCCGUGGAAAUUACCUACGAGAACAUGCGUUUCCUGAUCACUCACAACCCAACCAACGCAACCCUCAGCAAGUUCAUCGAGGAGCUGAAGAAGUACGGAGUGACAACCUUGGUGCGAGUUUGUGAUGCCACUUACGAUCAAGCUCCUAUCGAAAAAGAAGGAAUCCAGGUUCUAGACUGGCCGUUCGAUGAUGGAGCACCACCCCCGAAUCAGAUAGUUGACGACUGGCUAAACCUGUUGAAAACCAAAUUCCGCGAAGAGCCUGGAUGUUGUGUCGCUGUUCACUGUGUUGCAGGGUUGGGAAGGGCUCCUGUCCUGGUUGCACUUGCUCUCAUUGAAUGUGGAAUGAAGUACGAAGAUGCAGUUCAGUUUAUAAGGCAGAAAAGGAGGGGAGCUUUCAAUUCCAAACAGCUGCUUUACCUUGAGAAAUACCGACCUAAGAUGCGAUUACGCUUCAGAGAUGCCAACGGUCACUGCUGUGUUCAAUAGAAAAUCUCAGACGAAGGCAGAAGUUAGCAUGGCUGUUUUCUGGACUCUUGGCACCUGGAAAUGUGAAUCUGGAAUCAAACUACGUCAUCAAAUUAGUGGUGGAGUCAGUGCUCCUCAACCUCUGUCCUAAUGGUGGUGAUGAUUGGAAAAAAUAAAAAAUAAAAAAAAAUUAAGAGAAGCAUUUCAGUGAAGGAUUGUUUUCUCCUUAAGCUGCAGUUUGAACAUCUGCAAGGAGAAAAGAAAAUCAGUUUCUGAACCUUCUGUAUUUUUAACUUUUUAAGAGAAGAAAUAAAGUAAAUUUUAUGUCUAAGGAAAACCAGCAGAGCAUUGGCUUGUGCAGAAACUAUUUUCUUGAUUUGAGAAAAGUACCCCACAAUUAGGGCCCGAUGCAUUAAUUCCAAUAGGACUCUUUUAAAUAGAGUUGCCUUUUUUUAAACCUUGCUGAGAGCUGGCAGACAGACAGGAGGAGAAGCCUCUGUUGCUGUAUGGGCGCAGUCUGACAGCCUUAAGCCCAGCCUGGGCAUUCUAGAGAUUGGUGGUGUUUGUGUUACAUGUCUACGUGGUGUUCAGACUCUGCAGGUGUGAGAAACUUCCUGGUGGGCUUUAAGAGAAGACUCAUUGUCUGAUAUCUUUGGUGAAUCUCCUAAGGGCCUUUUCAGAUUGGUGGGAGACAGUGGUUUUAACUCGGUGUGCGUGUUUGUGUGUGUGCAUGUACGUGUGAUUUUGUGUGUAUGUCUAAAUCUUAUUUCUCCAAAGAAUUUGGCUGAAAUGUUAAUUGUCUUUCUGUUGUUAGAUAGAAAAUCUAUCCUGGCAGAAGACUGACGUUCAAAAGUGUCCUAGGUGAGCAAGGGGCAAUGCAGACAAGGAACUGAGAUCAACUUACCUCUCAUAAGGAAGAAGAAAAGGCUUUUUGCUGCUGUCCAGAUUCUCUGCCUUUCUGAACACAGUAAAUCAGGAUUUGGGGGGAGGGUCUUAUUUGUAUUGUAUAUGAGGUGUAAAGAUAGUAUGCACACAAAUGCUGUCCACGAAGAAAUGCCUAGUGUGGGUCUUUCCCCAGACUAGCCCUCAUGUACAGUUCAGUUUAACCACUGAUUGCCUUGUUAUUUUUUUAUUAGGCUCUUUUGGAGGGAGAAUCUCUAGUUACACACCAACAUGCCUAUCAUGCAUUUACCAUUGGCAGACCGUAAACACGCUGGUUUUGGAGUGCGGACUUGGCACCAUGUUCUCUGUAAGGCCAUUGAUGAUGUCUGUGAAUUAAUCAAGGCAAGUCAUUUUACAGCCUCUACGAAGCAGUUUCAGCCAGGCUAGUUCUACCAAACAGACGUUAGCUUCGUGCCCUGCCCAGUAGCGACCUCAUGCUUUCGAGUUGACGUUGUAAUAUCCAGCAACUAAAGGCUUUGAAUACAGGGCUAGGGUCGUACUCUCCUGUGACACUUUGCUGUGGAGCACCAAAGGCUUUGUUUGUCUGUGCCUGUAGUAGGUGUAGACUGGUACCCGUCUUUUACCAAUACCUCAGCUGCUGGCUAAACGAACUGCCUUCACGGGAUUUCUUCCUGUUCUAGAGUUCUGUUCUUAAUGCACAGCUUAACUGCACAAACCCUUUCAGAAAACAAGUAAUGGGCUUCUAGAAUUCUAUUCCUGGGAGGGAUUUUAUAAAUUUAAGCAAAUAAUGGUACUUGUCAAGCCCCUCAUUUUACAGAUGCGCUGACAGGCCUCUUCUGAGGUCUGUGACUAGAAAACUGCACUCCACAGCACUCAGUCUGCACCUGACUCAAGUUGUAUUGUACUAAGUUCCUUCCUCCUUUUAAGAUGUGUAACGCUUCUGAUUUCUUUAAUAGAUAAGAGACGAGAAAGUGUUUGUGAUGUCAAUGCCUACAUUAGGGAAAUAACGUAUCUGGUAAUGUCUGAGUCCACGGGGAAGGUAAAUGACUCUAGAAGUAUCGAAUUCUGGCUUUUACCUUCCCCUCACAAACUAGAAGCUAAUGCUCUAACUGUUUCUGCAAAUUAAAAUGGGUGUUCUUAGUAAAAUGAAAUACUGGUAGAUUUGACAGAAGUUGGAUUGGAGGGGAAGGUGUGGAGCUGGAUUAAAAACAAAACCCCAAGCCCUUCCGAAGAUUAAUUAAAAAUAUAUAUAUAUUUUACAUGCUGUAUGUAUAACUUUGCAUUCUUCCCCCUAGUUUUACUCUGAUUUAUAAUGUACUAAUUAUAUACCGUGACUCUGCAGCCUUAACUGAGGAAAAAAUACUGAGAAGUGCAGGCUGUCAUGCAGCGUAGACACAAACGGGGGAACGUAAUUGUGACCGAUGUCCAGUAGGCACGAUAUUUGGUUCAGCACUUGAACGUAGUGCAAUAAAGUUCUUGCAGUAAAA